UUUCUCAAGUUCAUCAUGGUUCUCACUUUCGUUCUACUCAUCUUGGGGGGCAGUACGUUCUCCACCGUGUCUGCAGCCUGCACCCCGCCAUUCAAAGAGAUCGCUGGUCUCUGCUUCCUCAUAGACAACUUUGCCACGGGGACUUGGGCCGACACGAACCACUGGUGCGGCUACUUUGGGGGCAAGCUGGCCAAGCUGGACAAUGCCGACGUCUUCGCUGCCGUUGUUCAGGAUAUUAAGGAUUCUGGGUUAUCUAAAUCCUUCUACUGGAUUGGCGCCUCAGACUCUGAGGAAGAAGGCGUAUGGAAGUGGCUGGACAACACCGCGGUGGAUAUGGGGACGCCCUUCUGGAGUCUGGCCGGCAGCGGGUGCACAGUUCAGGAACCCAGUGGAGGAACCAACCAGAACUGUGCUGUCCUCAAUCCAAACAGAAAUUAUUACUUUGAUGAUGCAGGCUGCGCAACACAAGCAGGCGCUAUUUGUGAAAAAUAAAUCAGCUGAAGAAGCAUAUAAA